UAUCAAUUGCAUUACAUUUCCUGCGACGCGAAUUUGUUGGACUUUAGUCACCGAUAAUGAUGAAUUUAAAGCAAUUUGCUUCCCAUGCCUACCGUCAGUACGAACUGGUAACGUGCAUCAAUAUGCUGGAGCCCUGGGAAAAGAAACUAAUCAACGGAUUCUUCCUGAUCAUGCUUUCCCUGGUAAUCUUCUCCAGCUUCAUGUAUCUGCCUGACUAUCUGCAAACCCUGCUUCAGUUUUUGACGCCGCCCACCUGGCACAACAAGUCCCCGGAAAAUGCAGCCUAUGCAGCACAGAAAAUGACACGGAGCUGAGCUUCCUCCACCACAAGUGUAUAUAAACUGUUACAACUCCUUGCCCACACAUAACCCUUAUCGAAAGACAACUUUAAUUUAAUGUUUAUUAUAUAAUUGUGAU